AGCUGACUGGGAUGCCUUUGAGCGGCCCCUGGGGGUGGUGGAGCAAGCGCUGCUCCUCGCUAAGUCAAGAGCCCUUAUAGAAAGCAGCCCGUGCAACGACCCUCUGGCCCUGGAGGAGGUUGGCGCUGUGGUGUCUCGCGCGCUAGUGCUGCCUUCCUCGGACCCGCUGUCCCCCAGCAGCAGCAGCAGCAGCAGCAGCAGCAGCAGCAGCAGCAGCAAGGCGUACUUCGCGUCUCGGGUGGCUGCGCUGCAGCAGCAGCAGCCUGCAGAGUUUGCUGCUGAGGCCCAGGGGCUGCUGCUGGCCCCAGACUGGGCCGUCUUUUCUGCUGCUUUGCUGCUGCGCUGCAGCACGGAGUUUCACCGCAGCAAAACUGUGGAGAGGGCUUGCCUGCAGCUGCACGCCCUCAGGGAGCAGCUCGACGACGCGGACCCGCCUGCGCCCAUCCGCCUCUUCAAUCUGCUGUUUGCGGUGGACCUCCAUAGCUGGUGGGAGCUGCAGCGGGAAGUCGGUAUGCGGAUGAUGCGAAUCGGAGCCACUAUCACAGCAGCUGAGAAGUUCACGGAGCUGCAGAUGUGGGAAGAAGCUGCUGACUGUCUUGUUGCUGCAGACCGCCGCGCAGAUGCUCGCGAUCUCCUGGAAAAGCAAAUAGCGGUUCGACCCACCCCUCAUCUUUUGUGCACUUUGGCGGAUUUGGAAGUUCAGCAAAACCCUGAAAGAGCGAAAAGCCUGUACAACCAGGCCUGGGACCUGUCGCGGCGGCGGUACGCGCGGGCGCAGCGUGGCCUCGGGCGCCUGGAGCUGUCUCGGGGUCGCUUUGCUGCUGCUGCUGCUGCGCUGCAGCAAGCUGCAGCAGCAAACUGUUUGCAUGCAGCAACUUGGUUUUCUCUUGGCUGCUGCUGCAUGCAGCUGCAGCAAUUCGACGAAGCCCGUUUGGCCUUCGCCCGCGUUGUGGCCAUCGAGCCCCAAGAGGGGGACGCCUGGGCGAACCUCGCAGCAGUUCACUGCAAACGCGAGGCGUGGCAAGCCGCGCAGCAGUGCAUUCUGGAGGCCACGAAACACCGCAGGGAAAACUGGAGGGUUUGGGAAACCCUAAUUUCGAUAUCAGUUCGUCUAAGAGAUGUGCAGGCCAUAGCUCGCGGGCUGCGGGCCCUCGUCGAAAUCAACGCAAAGUCGCACAUUGACCCCUGGAUCUAUUCCUUUUUGGAGGAGUUGGUUUUGUUCAAGUUGGAGCGGGAGGGUGUUUGUACACCCCAGCAGCAGCAGCAGCAGCAGCAGCAGCAGCAGCAGGGGGUUGCUGCUGGGAUUUUGCGCCAAACCCUCAGCUGCCUCCACUUCUUAACUCAAAACAUCUCAGACUCCUCCGAACUCUUUAGGGCGGAGUUGACUCGAGGGGACGCGUCUCUGGAGCGCAAAAUUGAACUUAGUGACAAACAGGCUUCUUGCUUAGAGCGGGCGUUGCCGCUGCUGCAGAGGUUUAGCCCCCAAAGCAAAAGAAGGUAA